AUGAUACCAUAUCCGCACAAUUCUUCUGAAAUCCCCAAGUUUUGGAUCGCAGCUUCCUCAUUUUCAUCCAUCUAAAUACUCAGGAAUUGUAAAAGAAAGAGCUUGUUCUAUAAAAGGGAUGAGGCAGCAUAGGAGAAUUUUGCAACAGUUCCUGGUCUUGUAAGAGCUUGCACGCUCUAGUUCUGUGCAAUUGAAAAAGGUUAAAAAAUGGCCAUGGCGCCCACUGCAAGGCUAAUCUUAGGUUCAAUAGCCUUCGCCAUAUUUUGGGUAUUGGCUGUUUUCCCCGCAGUUCCCUUCCUUCCUAUUGGAAGAACAGCAGGCUCUCUUUUAGGCGCCAUGCUCAUGGUGCUUUUCCAAGUUACAACCCCAGAUGAAGCUUUUGCAGCCAUCGACCUCCCCAUCCUUGGCCUCCUCUUCGGAACGAUGGUAGUCAGCGUUUUCCUCGAAAGGGCAGGCAUGUUCAAACAUUUAGGCAGAUUACUCUCGUGGAAAAGUAAGGGUGGUAAGGAUUUGCUCUGUCGAAUUUGUAUUGUUUCAGCUAUUUCAAGUGCCCUAUUCACCAACGACACUUGCUGUGUGGUACUCACCGAGUUCAUCUUAAAGGUUUCUCGCCAGAACAAUCUGCCUCCUCAGCCAUUUCUGCUUGCCCUAGCAUCCAGUGCGAACAUUGGAUCAGCCACAACCCCAAUAGGUAAUCCUCAGAACCUGGUCAUAGCCGUUCAAAGCAAAAUCACUUUUGAAAAGUUCUUGUUUGGUAUUCUUCCUGCAAUGGUGUUGGGUAUAGCUGUGAACAUUUCCAUUCUCCUCAUUUACUUCUCAAAGUUGUUGUCGACUGAGAAAUUUGAAGUGGAGGUGGAAUCAGUGGCUGAGAUUAUUCCUGAAGAUGAUGUUACUUUCCACCGCUUUUCUCCUGCAACAAUGUCGCACUUGAAUUGUUUGCCUAAUCUUGAUUUGAACGAUGGAAUUGAUGCUGUUGUUCAGUGCUCAUCAUGCAAGGAGUACGGGCGUGGAGAUAAUCUAAGGAAUAGAUUAAGUAUUAGUGAAAAUGAAGCACUAUUAACCACAACCGGGAGAAGUAGCAGCAUGAUGAAUUGUUCGUCAAAUAGUCUUAUCACUCAGGCUUUGAAUGAGAAGGAAUGUUCUACUGAAAGAUGGAAGGACCUUCUCUGGAAUGCGUGUGUCUAUCUUGUGACAGUAGGAAUGCUAAUUGCACUUCUAAUGGGGCUUAGCAUGUCCUGGAGUGCUAUAUCUGCUGCUCUGGCUUUGAUUGUACUUGAUUUCAAAGAUGCACGGCCUUGUCUUGAGAAGGUAUCAUAUUCCUUGUUAAUAUUCUUUUGUGGUAUGUUUAUAACCGUUGAUGGAUUCAACCAAACUGGCUUACCAAGUGCCCUUUGGGACUUCAUGGAACCCUUUGCACGCAUUGACACUAUGGAAGGGGUUGCAGUGCUAGCUCUGGUUAUUCUUUUCCUCUCAAAUAUUGCCUCUAAUGUACCUACUGUUCUACUUCUUGGUGCUCGGGUGGCAGCGUCAGCUGCAGCUAUAUCUCCAGCUGAAGAGACAAGAGCUUGGCUCAUACUAGCAUGGGUGAGCACCGUAGCUGGAAAUCUUUCACUUUUGGGAUCUGCAGCUAACUUGAUAGUUUGUGAGCAAGCCAGGAGGGCGCAGGUUGGUUACAAUCUCUCAUUCUUUGGCCAUCUCCGAUUUGGGCUCCCAUCAACUCUUAUCAUCACUGCAGUUGGCUUGUUUCUUAUUAGGAAUUAUUGAGAAGUUUCAUUGUACAUAACUUGGCUUAAUCAAUGGGUAUCUGUAAGGUUAUUCUUUCAGAUGGAAAACAAUAAUAAGCUGUAUAAUGUUGACAUCUUUCAGUUCGAGAGCUGUUUAAUGUUUUUGUUUGUCUUGUUGAGUCUA